AUGCAAGCAAGCAGGAGCAGGAUGGGUGCUUUGCAUCACUCGCAGUCGCCGGAGAGCUACGUGAGGCUGCAGCAGGGCCGGCGGUGGCGGCGGGGGGCGAGGGGGUUCCGGCUGUGCCCGAGGAACCGGUUCUCCGUGCGGCGCCUGCGGGCCGAGCUGCUCACGUUCCUGGGCCUCGUCGGCCGCUACGUGCGCCUGCUCGUGCGGAAGCUGUCGACCACGAGAGGCGGCAGCGGCGGCUGCGCACGGAGCGGCAGCAGAAGGGUUCUCGUCGUGACCGGGACCGGGAGAGACAAGGCGCCGGCGGCCGCCGCCAGCAGAAAGCCUGGGCCGUUCAUCGCGCGGUCCAACUCGUUCUACUCGCAGGCGAUCGCCGAUUGCCUCGAGUUCAUCAAGCGGAACUCCGUGCCCGUCGAGGACUACGGCAGCGUCAGCGCCCGGAGGGAGCUGGGACACAAGAUCGAAGAAGAAACGCUACCCGAAUGGCGUGGCAUGUAUGCGUGUUCCCAACGGAGCCUAAAGAUGUGA